AUGGGCCGCAACCGACUCCCAACCCUCUUUGAGGUUUUGAGUCGCCGGACCCUUCCUCCCGUCGACCUAUUUUCCUUCUAUAUCUACAUGAGAGAUCAGCAAAGAUCUGUAGACUACCUCGAUUUCUGGCUUGAUGUUGCUCAGCACAUGACAUUAUGUCGUCACUACGUUCGCGAACUCCGCCGCUCUGUGUUGGUUGGAACGCCCGAAGGAGAGAAGCCGACCUCCAAGCGAUCAUCCGCGAUCUUGGAGAACAUCGGUGACAUGAACCAUCCCGCCGCUGGCCCGUCGAUGUUCGCUACGGACAAAGAGAAGGAUCAAGAUGCGCAGAUGUCUGCUUUCCUGCGCGAGGAGAGAGGCGGCACGCCGGGAAUCCACGAGUCUCCCCAGAGCAGCAACGAGCGUCGCCAGCGACCCAGCCCGCACUUCAGCACACCGCAUGAUGUCACGACCGACUCUAAUUCUCCAGCACAUACUGUCGCGAGACAGGAUAUUCGGGCCUCGGCUGAGAAGAUCCUAUACACCUUCUUGCUUCCGGGUGCCGAGCGUGAGAUUGUCCUCCCCGGGUCUAUCACAGAGGAUGUCACCAGAGCGAUCGAGGAGUUUGGCCGCGAUGACCCGGAGGUCUUUGAUGUUGCCAAGGACUAUGUCUUCCAAGCUAUGGAACGAGAUGCCUUCCCCGGCUUUCUCAGACAGAAAGCUCUUGGAAACCUGAUUCCGCCUACGCUCAUCAUGAGACUGAUCAUCGGUCUUGUUGCGAUGUUUGGUGGCUUCUGGACUGCUUUCGUCCUCAUCUUUCUAGACAAGUCACGCGAAACUAGGCUUUUCCUCAUCAUUCCCUUCACUUUUGGAGUCUAUUUCCUAGCUUCAUAUCAGUACUCUCUCGACCCUAUCCUUGCCCUAAUCGGCUUGAGCGAGUACACUCCUUUCAACUUCUCUCGAGUUCGAGAGCCGUACGUCCGAAGGCUGCUUGCCACUCGUGCACUGAUGGUCUUGGCCGUCACUGUCAUCAUUGACGCAGCUCUUCUGGUGCUCUUCAUCCUGGUCCCUGGCAAGAGACUAUGA